AUGUCAAAUAUUAAACGAUUAAAACUAGUAACAAUCGGUGAUACUUCAGUAGGUAAAACCUGCAUGUUUAUAAGGUUCGUUCAUGGAACAUUCCCUGAAUACAUACCAACAGUAUUUGAAAAUCAUAGUUAUAAUAUGUCACAACGAGGAAUACCAUGUGUAUUAAGUUUGUGGGAUACAGCAGGUGGCGAAGAUUACUCAAGGUUUAGACCAUUGAGCUAUCCACAAACAGAUUGUUUCUUACUUUGUUUUUCAAUUGCAAAUAGAAAAUCAUUUGAAAGAUGUUUGGAUUAUUGGUAUCCAGAAAUUCAAUUGUUUUGUCCUGAAGCACCAGUGAUUUUAGUGGGAACCAAAAUAGAUUUAUAUGAUGACCAUAAACUCGACAGAUCAAAUUUUGUAACAUAUGAAGAGGGUAUUGAAAUGGCAAAAAAAAUUCAAGCUGUUGAAUACAUUGAGAUAUCAUCAUUAAAAAAUAUAAAUAUUUCAAAACUAUUUGGCAACUCAUCUAUCAUUAGUUUAAAUUUCGAGAAAAAAAAUAAAAAACAUUUCAAAUUUCCUUCAAAUUUUAAUGUCGAAUCAUCACAAUAUUCAUUUAAGGCAAAGGGGGAUAAAUGA